UUUUCAGCGUAAAAUACACAAAUUUCUUUCUCUUAUUCUUGUUGUUUUCGUAACGGUUUCUUAUGUUUGUCAUAGCAACCAUAGCAACGGUUUCGGUUUCGGCUCACUAGCAUUUAGCCAUUGAGCAGCAAUCUAUCAACAAAUGAUGUGGCAUGCGAUGGCCGCCGCGGAAGCAGUCCUUUUCCUGUUCCCGUUUGUACAAAAACAUCCGAGCUCAACUUGAAAACAUGACAUGAUGCGAUGCGCUUGUAGUGUUUUUACAGUGCUACAUUAGCGCAGGAGUUCAUCCAACCCGCCUACAGAUCCUUUCCGUAAGCAGUUCCUGGACCAUCACCCUUCGUCAUGGUCACAGCGAUACAGCAGCCGGUCCUCGGUGCUGCGUCGUCGAACUUGGCAGUGGCCUGUUUCGUUUCGGUCGUGGUGUCUUGUUGGAGCGUGCCGCUACAACCGAACGCAACGCGGUCUUUUAGAUCGUUGACGGAGCGGAACGUUCGCGACAAAGUCACCGACUUCAACCGGAGUAGGUUCGCAAACGUCAAACUGGAUCAGUUGAACGCCAGUGUCAUCAAGCCGCCAGAUCACCUUGAAGGGCUUCCCAUGGAGAGAGAUGGACAACUGAAUCCCAAGUACAGAAAAGAAGUCUUGCUUGGCGCUCAAGCGUCGGCGGAAGAUCAAGACGACGCCUUGUUGCGCAGCGUUUAUUCUAAGGCUGACGAAAAUCAAGACGGCCAACUGAGCAUCAAAGAACUGGAGAAAUGGAUAGCUGCGAAGGUGAAAGAGCACUACAGCCAAGCUGUCCGGGAUAACUUCUGGAUAUUUUCGGCACUGGACAAAAAUCAUGAUGGCCGUGUAUCCUGGGACGAGUACCAUGUCAACUUCAUGUUGGAAAAGGGCUUCGACGAUAACUAUGCCAAGCACCACCCUGAGGACCACAAGGGGUUGGAGAGAAGCGUGAAAGAGAAAAUCUUGCUCGACAAAGCGAGCUGGUUCGAGGCAGCAAAUUCGGACCCCGACGCCUUGAACAUCGACGAAUUCCUGACAUUUCGUCACCCCGAGCACAGCCACGUCUCGCUGCUCAAGAUGGUGAAUGACAUCAUCAGCAAUCUUGACGAGAAUGGGGACGAGCACCUGUCGGAGGAGGAGUUUGCGCAGCUGACCCCAGACGAGACAACCCGGCAGAGCAAGGAGGAGUGGAAGAAGGAGCGCAUCCUCGAGUUCCGACAGAGCAUCGACCAGAACGGCGACGGCCGGGCCAGCCGCCAAGAGCUGCUGAUGUACAACGAUCCUGAAAAUCCAGUGCAUGCCAGAAGCGAAGCCCGAGAGUUAGUCGCCCAGGCCGACACGAAUGGAGACAACAAACUGAGCUUGGACGAAGUGCUGGCCAAGAAGGACAUCUUCCUCGGUAGCAAGAUGGUCAACACGGCCAGGAACAUUCACGACGAGUUCUAGGCUCCGACAGACACAUCCGGUUUCUUGCCAUCUCUAGAGUCAGAUGCACGGCCAAACUUUUUAAUAAGGGCAAUAUGUCUGUGAUAUGUGAAAGGUAUGAUAUUUUGGAAGGUCAUCCUAAUUUAUGUUUGGGCUGCUGAUUCUAUGUUGUCAUAACUAACCAAAGGUGCCUGCUCGAAUCUCCACACCGGUCAUGUUUUUUGUUAUUGUUUAUUUGCGCUUGGGGGAAAUGUAUUUGCGCUUGGGGGAAGUGUUAAUCAGUGAGAAAAUGUUUGUGAUUAUUGCAUUCAAAGUUUAUUUUGUUUGUUCAGCUGCUUUGUGUUAGUUUAUUUGCCUUUUUUUUUCUUUAACGCUGAAGCGAACAAGAAAUGCCUGUGAAUAUGAAGCCACAGGAGAGUCUCAUUGUGUUUAGACUGAAGUACACAGUGUGCAGAAGAGCUACAUUAGCCUUGCCAUAUCAACUGCAAACACCAAAAUGUCUUUGGCAUAGCUGUAGUUUUGUAUUAUUUAUAUUUUUCCACUUUUCACACACUAAGCAUUAGAGGCAGUUGCACGUGCUUAGUCAAGAUUUCCCAAGUCUCAUAAGUAAGCUUAGAAAAUGACUAGUAUGGAGUGUGCUUAGAUCUAGCUUUUGUAGACAACCAACACUUUCACCUAUGCAUAAAAAAAAAUGCCGUCGCAUGCUGUGGUGCAAGGUGAGCACCAUUGCUAUCUCCUCUCUAUAAGCGAUCAAGUUUUUCCAUAUUUCUUUUAUACAUAAUGUAGUAUGUUACUUUGUAUGCUUAUACAUGUUUGCCGUUUCUUACAUUUCACGACAACACUGUUGAACUUCCGCGAGUGUCGUUAACAAGGCUUCACUGAGAAUCGCUUAGGGCCUGUUGUACGUAACUUCCACUUCUCUGCAAGACAGGUCUUCCACCCCAAAAGGCAAUAGUGCUGAAGGUGGGAAAGGAUGUGGGAGAGGAAGCAAGCAAGCAGAAGUGGAAACUGUACAUCAUCAGCCUUUAAGCAAAAAGUUGUUGGAAAGGCCAAAUAUUAGGGCCCGAACAAGUUUGCAACAUUUUCAUUCACAUCACUGCCUUUGCCACAUUUAUGUUACCUUGAAGCUUGUGUGUCAAUUUCCUAAUUUAGACCCCUUAAAUGUUUUUGUAAUUUAUUGCACUUUCUUGCAUAUAAUUGUUUUCUUCACAACAUGCUUAUGUGUGACUUGAUUAUCGCGGGAAAUGUGACCUACAAAGGCUUAGCUGUCAAGAGAAAAACAAGUAUUUAGGGCUCAACGUCUCGAUAAAUAUAACAGAAAACAUGCAGGGAGACUGGUAAACUUUCAACAUCUUAAAAACCCGAGACAUGCAAACAAAGAGGGACAACAGAGACACACAAGCCUAUGUGUUGUGCCCAAGUCUCAGGUUUUCAAGACAUUAAAAGUCUUGCUUUGUCUUGCUCUUUCCACGCCAAGGCUGCCGUCACAACAGUCUGCUUGGGGCUUCCCUCGCUCUUCCAUCCUCGGCCGCAUGCCGCGACAAUACCUAACUCGCAACAUUUGUGAAGUAGAAUGGCUCCCGAGAUAUGCCCUCUGGGGUCAUUGUAAAACAUACUAAUCUUUAUGACCACCGAAACAUAUGAAAUAUUCCGAUUUGAACGUAAUUUAGACAUGUAUUUGUAGGGGUGUGAAACAACACAAGUAACCUCUGGAGUCUCUGAAAUCACAUUGUUCCGUGUAGUUUUGAUUCGACUUUUGUUUCUUUAGGCAAAUAAAUAAAUUAGUUGGUGUCAUGAAUCCAUAUAUACUAGUGGUAUUUCAUGCCAGAAAAAAAUUGUUUCGUAUGUCAAGACCGUUUAACCUGACAUCAAGACAAUGAGUACAAGCACAAGGUAUUAACACUUUCACGCUUUUGUGGUAGUUGAGUUUUAAUGCGGAUGUGUUUGUGGGCCAAUUUUCAAGUAUAGAGCAUCAGGAAAAUUUGUUACCAAUACGAUAACAAAACGAAGUCUACCUCGGUGCCUGCCAAGUGCCAUUUGCAAGACAGUUCCUCACCCAGAAUCGAACUUGGAAUCUUUUCUUCCAUUGUGCAAGUUCUGCCCCUAUGUGCUUGUGUUUCCACAAUAUAUUUGUCGCCUCAAUGUCGGGAGGGGUCACGUGACAUAUUCUUAAGUUCAGGCGUAAAAACUUUUAACCUACCUUGGUGAUUCGCAUAAUAAUGACUCGGAGCCGUAUAUUGGGAGAGUUUGGCAAGUUUAUGAUCUCGCCACCAUAACGCCCCCCCUGUCGAGUGAGCCAGUCAGCCCACGGCACAGAGUGAGAUGCGUGAGUGCAUGCGCGUGAAUUCCCGGCUGCUCCCAACUGAGCGGCGAGGUCCACCAUUUUCAUUCAUUCACUCAAUGGAAUGCAUGAGAUCAGCAUCGAAAUUUCAGUUAUUUCCUUUUAUGUCGGUGGUUCUGGCAAGAAUAGUAUACACUGUUAUUCCACGGUGGGUUAAAAAGCUAAGAAAUUAAGUUUUCUCGGCAUCUGACCGAAAACUUUUCUUCAAUGGAAAAAAAAUGAAAGCCGUAUACAACUCCCUGUAACGUCGAAUUAGAGCGCAGCUCUUGAGGAGGAGGGAAGGGUACUGAGGUUCACAAAUUCUCGGGGGGGUCACGUGACCUGGGGUGCAAUCAUGUGACCUUGGUGGGGUCACAUGACCCCUCCCCAAGGUCACGUGACUUGGGGGGGGGGGGGGGGGGGGGGUCACGCGACCCCCCAGAGAAUUUUUUCCUCUAGAUUUACCGGGGAAAUGUUUUCUGCUAGAUUUAGCGGGGAAAUUUUUCCGCUAGAUUUAGCGGGGGAAUUUUUCCGCUAAAUUUAGCGGGGACAUUUUCCCGAUAGAUUUAGCGGGGAAAUUUUUCCCCUAGAUUUAGCAGGGAAAUUUUUCCGCUAAAUUUAGCGGGGACAUUUUUCCGCUAGAUUUAGCGGGGAAAUUUACCCAUAAUGCACCGCGCCAUUACGCCGACGGCGACGCCGCUCAAGCCGGAAACGGGCGCCUAAGAGCUGCGCUCUAAAAGAAAUCGGCUCGUAGCAGACGACGUGUAGCUUCAACAGUGCUCUGUACGGAAAGCGUGUUGCGUCAAAACGGCGGUCGUCUCCCCUUUGCUCCCUCCUUCCUCUCUCGCUCCUUCGGUGCUCUCCUCCCUCUCCUUCCUUUUUUUUUCUCCUCUCUAGCGCCUUCGUCGCCAGACUCUCCCAAUAUGCGGCUCUGUACUGACUGAUGCAGGAUGUGUCAGGUGUUGAUGUCGGUAUUCUAAAAGCCAACCGGGCAAAACAAGUGAAACAGAUCCGAACAGGAUGAUACAAACAAUGCAUUUUACAUUAUUAGUUUUUCUCGGAGUGGUCAUUCUAUGUUAACAAGCGCUUGUAGCUUUUGCUGUACUGUCAGGUUAGGUGUAAGCAAACAGUAGCAUCAUUCAGAGUUGUUGAUAAGGAAGCGCUAAACUCAUUCUGAACUUUUGCUGACAUGCCAUUUCAUAAAAAAACAAGAAAUGCUGUAAAAAGAACAGGGCAGUAAGCGCCUUUUCUCGCAUUCAUUUGGCGUGCCUUGACACACAUUUAGGAACUGUACCUCCACAUUGCUGAAUAAAAGUUGUUGAACUCGGUAAA